AGCAGCAGCAGCAGCAGAGAUAUCUCCCUUUUACAGUCCCCUGCCUGGGCCCACUCAAGAGUCCACCAGGUCAUGGAUGCAGUGACUGUGUAUCAUGGGAAAAUUAGCAGGGAGACUGGAGAGAAGCUCCUGCUCGCCACAGGGCUGGAUGGCAGCUAUUUGCUGAGGGACAGCGAGAGUGUCCCAGGCGUGUACUGCCUGUGUGUGCUGUAUCAAGGUUACAUUUAUACAUACCGAGUGUCCCAGACAGAAACAGGUUCUUGGAGUGCUGAGACAGCACCUGGGGUACAUAAAAGAUUUUUCCGGAAAAUAAAAAAUCUCAUUUCAGCAUUUCAGAAGCCAGAUCAAGGCAUUGUAAUACCUCUGCAAUAUCCAGUUGAGAAGAAGUCCUCAGCUAGAAGUACACAGGGUACUACAGGAAGAAGAGAUUCUGAUGUCUGCCUGAAAGCACCGUGAAGAAAAAUAAAACAUCUUGUACUUUAUUUUCAAUAAUUUAAAUAUAUGUUAAGUCUUAUAUAUUGCAGAUGAUACAGUUCAGUGAGCUACAAAUGCAUUUCUAACAUCAUCAUAGUCCUGUGUUGGAAGCAUCAAGUCUGAUGUUAAAGUUGAAAUGGAUAUUGUAGAUAAUGAGAAGUUUUGAAAUGAGGAUAGGGAAAAAAUAAUUCCUUAGAUUAUUUUUAGUUAUUAUAUUUACAAAUAGGAGACAAUUUAAAGCAUAACAAAUACUUUAUAGAUUAAUGUCAGUUCUUGCCAAGUAUAAAUAAAAAUAAUCCUCCAUAUUUUUUAAAAGCACCAUUUUUAGUGAAAUAUUAUAUGAUAGUUACCAAUUUUUAAAUUCUUGCUUGAUUAUAUGGUAGAAAGAUGUUGGUGUCCCUCAUCUCUGUCACAUGCAGUCCUCUACUUGGUAUGGUGUCCUAGGCUCUUUUGCGAAUUAUGAAUAAGUAUGCUAAAACAAAUACUAAAGCAUAAAGAAUUUUUAUUUAAAUCUGAAAGAAAACUUCUUGCCACGUUCUGAUGUUGGACAGUAAAUUUCACAGACAAAUCUGGAGUUUAAAAUCCUAUGCUUUAAAUGUUUAUUGGUUUACAGGUUUUGAGAUUAUAUCUGAAAUUCUAUGACCAGAUUUUUCUUUUCAUUUUUCUCUGUCCCAGUUGUUUGUACUACAUGUAAACACUCAUUUGGAAGGGGCUCUUCAACAGCUGUGGCUCAUGAUUAACUGAUUUGUAAGCAGUCUCCCUACUAGGUAACCUUAUAAAGCAUUGGAAAGCUUAUGGCAUGUUAAUUUUUAACAAUUCCGAAUGAUUGAAACCUGAGUGAGAAUCAAAAUUGUAUGCAGUAUUUUCUUCUCACAUUUAUAUAUUCAUUACUUUUGUGAUUGAUUAUAUGCCAAAUUGCUUCCAGGCUCCCAGAAUUCACUCACUCAACAAACAUAAUAGUGCACUGGGGAUACAGAAGUAAAAACACCUGGGCCCUACCCUCAGGUAAUUCACUGUAUAGCUGGACAAGAAGACAAUAAUAAUAAAAGACAAUAAAGGAAAGUAAAAAUGACAAAAAAAAAACCACAAUAAAAGUUCCAAAGUACUUAAGUGAGGUUC